GGAGACAGCUCUGUUACUCGGUGUCCGGGGAGGGGGCCCUGUUGCCAGGUGACAAGAGGAGAGAACUCUGCUGGUUGGUGACAGGGGAGGGGAGUCUUCUGUUGCUAGGCGACCAGAAGAGACCCUGUUACCUAGAGACGGGGAGGAGGCUUCCUCUAUUGCUAAGUAACCAGAGGAGAGCCUGGUUACCUAGUAGGGGGCGAGUGGGGGAGGGGGGAGGAGUCUCCUCUGUUGCUAGGUAACCAGAGAGGAGGCCUGUUACCUAGGGACAGGGGAGGGGAGUUCUCUGUUGCUAGGUGACCACCACAGGGACCCAUUCACUUAGGGAUGUGGCAGGGGCGGGGGUGGUGGUCCUCUGUUGCUAAGCGAGAGAAGAGAGCUUUUUUCCUAGAAAUAGGGAAUGGAGGUACUCUGUUGCCAGGAGAUCGUCAGAGUCAGGGGCCCCUCAGGCUGCCCGAGCCCCCACUCAAUGACGGUGCCCCCAAGGGCCUGCUGGCAGGUUGGGCUUCCAGAUCCCAGACUCCUGAGCACCUUUUCCCCCCACCCCUCCAAGCAGGAGCCGAGGGCGGCAUGUCCCAGGCCCCAGGAGCUCAGCCAAGCCCGCCCUCCGUGUACCACGAACGGCAACGCCUGGAGCUCUGUGCCGUCCACGCCCUCAACAACGUCCUGCAGCAGCAGCUCUUCAGCCAGGAGGCUGCCGAUGAGAUCUGCAAGAGGUUGGCCCCAGACUCCCGGCUGAACCCCCAUCGCAGCCUCCUGGGCACCGGCAACUAUGACGUCAACGUGAUCAUGGCCGCCCUGCAGGGGCAGGGCCUGGCCGCUGUGUGGUGGGACCGAAGGAGGCCCCUGUCCCAGCUGGCACUGCCCCGGGUGCUGGGGCUGAUCCUGAACCUGCCCUCGCCCGUCUCGCUGGGGCUGCUGUCCCUGCCUGUGCGCCGGCGGCACUGGGUGGCCCUGCGCCAGGUGGAUGGCGUCUACUACAACCUGGACUCCAAGCUGCGGGCGCCCGAGGUGCUGGGCGACGAGGAUGGCGUCAGGGCCUUCCUGGCGGCCGCGCUGGCUCAGGGCCUGUGCGAGGUGCUGCUGGUGGUGACCAAGGAGGUGGAGGAGCAGGGCUCCUGGCUGCGGGCAGACUGACCCCAGGAGGGGAGCACGGCUGCCCAUCCGGAGCGGCC